AUGACACCUCCGACAUCCUCACAGUUGUCAAAAAAAACCCGCUGGUCCUAUGCCAACGGAUGCACCUGGAGCGUGAAGGACGACGAUCAUGUGCUCUUCAUUGAGGGCAGCGGUACCUCUGGAAUGCUUCGGUUCAAAACCUUCUCCGGCGACUUCUUCACCCUCGUCCCGGGCAUCCACAAUUUGGUGAGCUUAGUGCAUUUACAAGGUGAUGUAUAUGCUCCAGGAGUAGUGUCAUAUGGCUUGAAUUGCUCGCCACCACUAGGAAGCUUGCAUGUUGUUGCAUCGAUUUAUCAAUUGUCUGAGAAAAAUAGUACCAUUGCCUCUUCCUUCUACAGGCUGAGACACUUUUUUACAACCAAGGCAACUUCAUCUGGUCGUUCAUGA